AUGGCGACUACUCGGGAGCAAUUGAUCGAAAUCUGGAAGUCAGUUCCUAAAGAUGUCGUAGAGAUGAGUCCUGAAGUGGACAAGGAAGAGGAAAGACUGAUGAAAGUCUUCGAGUCUUUUGUGAAGGCAUGCGAAAGCUGUAAAAGCUCCAUCCAGACCGCAUUCGAUGAGAUUACGAACAGGGAGAAUCGUCAUUAUCCCUGGGAAAAUCCAAUCUAUACUCCUGAAGGCAAGGAAUGGGCUGUGCGACUUUCGCUAGCGGCUCUUGAGCUUCCAGGGUUUCUGACGGAAACCUACGCUGAUAGAAACGUGCAUGCGAAUGCAGUCAGGGCAGAGAUACAGCGAGUUAUGGGGGUAUGGACGGACUCGCACCCCGGUUUGGCUUUCGAAGCGGCAAAGGAGAGAGCCAUAAUUGUAUGA